AUCGCCUCUCGCGGCCCCGCCGCGGCUUCAGCAGGAGAGCGGGCAGAGUUCCGCGCUCGGGUGGGAGAUGCCGCGCGGGCUCCUUCUAGCUUCAGAUUUGCAACCAGCAUAAUGUUGGCACUCCACAUUUUGGACAAGCAUCAUACAGGAUGGCGCAGGCAGAAACUAACCUGGACCAUGAUCUACCACUAUUGUCCCUUCCGGUAUACUGGGCUAAAACUGUUGUGGGACUCCUUUCCCUUAUCUGCUUUGUGAAUAGCUAUGAUGGCGAUUUCGUCUUCGAUGACUCUGAAGCUAUCAUCAAUAAUAAGGACCUCAGGGCAGAAACCCCACUUGGUGAUCUGUGGCAUCAUGACUUUUGGGGAAGCAAACUCAGUAGCAAUACCAGCCACAAAUCCUAUCGACCGCUUACUGUAUUAACUUUCAGGAUUAAUUACCUUUUAGCUGGAGGCUUCCACCCAUUGGGCUUUCAUCUCAUCAACAUAAUACUCCAUUGCACUAUCUCUGUCUUCAUUGUUGAUGUCUUCUCAAUAUUAUUGGGUGGGCUGCAGUAUACCAAUAAAGGAAGAAGACUAAACUUUGUCCCCAAAUCAUCCCUGCUAGCUGCUUUGCUGUUUGCCGUACAUCCCGUGCACACUGAAUGUAUUGCAGGGAUUGUUGGCAGAGCAGACCUGCUGUGUGCCCUGUUCUUUUUGUUGUCUUUUCUGGGCUAUUGCAAGGCUUUUAGAGAAAGUAAAGAAGGAUCACAUUUUUCUAUAGUGUGGGUCUUGUGGAGCGUUUUCCUAGGUGCUAUGGCCAUGCUGUGCAAAGAACAAGGAAUUACAAUACUGGGUUUAAAUGCUCUUUUUGAUGCUGUGGUGAUUAACAAACUCAAUAUUUUGGAAGUUGUUUUGAAGAUCCUGCGGAAGGACAAGUCACUGGAGAGCCUAGUGGUGUUUAGAAAAGGACUUCUUUUGAGAAUGACUCUUCUGUUAGCAGGAGGAGCUGCCAUGCUGUAUGUGCGAUGGCGAAUUAUGGGCACUGGGCCACCAGCAUUUACGGAAGUGGAUAACCCUGCUUCAUUUGCAGACAGUUUGUUUGUGAGGGCUAUAAACUAUAAUUACUACUAUUCGUUGAAUGCAUGGUUGCUGCUGUGUCCCUGGUGGCUGUGUUUUGAUUGGUCAAUGGGCUGUGUGCCCCUUAUUAAAUCAGUUGGUGACUGCAGAAUAAUUGCACUAGCAGUUCUUUGGUUCUGCCUAAUUGCGCUGAUGUGCCAAGCCUUGUGCUCCAAAGACAGCCAAAAGAGAAGAAUCCUUACCUUGGCAUUGGGAUUUCUCAUUAUUCCUUUUCUUCCUGCAAGUAACCUGUUCUUUCGAGUUGGAUUUGUUAUUGCAGAAAGAGUAAACUACCUCCCCAGUAUUGGCUACUGUAUGCUGAUUACAUACGGAUUCAGUCUCUUGAGCAAGCAAGCUAAAAAAAAGAAAUUGCUUGUUGCUGCUCUGCUGGGCCUCUUGUUGAUAAAUGUAUGGCGUUGCAUUGUGCGCAGUAACCAGUGGAGAUCCGAGGAGCAACUUUUUAGAAGUGCUUUGUCUGUGUGUCCACUGAAUGCCAAAGUUCAUUAUAAUGUUGGCAAGAACUUGGCUGAUAAAGGAAAUCAAACUGCUGCAAUCAAUUAUUACAGAGAGGCUGUAAGAUUGAAUCCUAAAUAUGUGCAUGCUAUGAACAACUUGGGAAAUAUCUUGAAGGAAAGGAAUGAACUCCAGGAAGCUGAAGAGCUUUUGUCACUAGCAGUACAAAUACAGCCUGAUUUUGCAGCAGCAUGGAUGAAUUUAGGAAUAGUGCAAAACAGCUUAAGAAGAUAUGAAGAAGCAGAGCAAAGCUACUGGACUGCAAUUAGGCACAGAAAAAAAUACCCAGAUUGUUAUUAUAAUUUAGGACGCUUGUAUGCUGAUCUCAAUCGUCAUGUAGAUGCACUGAAUGCAUGGAGAAAUGCCACUGUUCUGAAACCACAACACAGUCUUGCUUGGAACAACAUGAUUAUAUUGCUUGAUAAUACAGGUAACUUGGCACAAGCAGAAGCUGUUGGAAGAGAAGCUUUGGAGUUAAUACCAAACGAUCAUUCUCUUAUGUUUUCGUUGGCAAAUGUACUAGGGAAAUCACAAAAAUAUAAGGAAUCUGAAGCUUUGUUCCACAAGGCAAUUAAAGCCAAUCCAACUGCAGCCAGUUACCAUGGUAAUUUGGCUGUGCUGUACCAUCGCUGGGGAAAUCUUGACUUAGCCAAGAAACACUAUGACGUCUCUCUGAAGCUUGACCCCACAGCAGCUGGGACGAGGGAAAACUAUAGUCUUUUAAAAAGAAAACUGGACCAACUGCAAAAAAAGAGUGAUCUCUGAGACUACUUCUCAGGCUUUGAAUGCUGACUACAUACCAUUUACCAUUUAUUGGUAACAUGGCUACUAAUCACCGGGGAGAAGCAUUGUCACACUAUCAUUAAAAAUGAAAUGAAACCCCAGCUUUGGACACUGGAAUGUUUCAUGGAGUUUAGCCUCAGAAGUUGAAAAAAUAGAUUUUUUUCAUUCAUAAAAUUAAAGGUUUUUGUUUCUUCUUUAAGAUGUUUGAAUCAAUUUUAAUAUGUUGAAUAUUUAUAUUCUGGUACCCAAGGCGGUUACAAUGGUAGUAUCCACAGUAAAAUGAAGUGUGGCCCAUACUGAAGAUGCAUGUAUUAUUAGAAAACUGACGGGCACUGUUCAGGAAUGGAAAUUAUUGGUAAUUUUAUGCUUUCAUGUACAUUUACUUAAAGAAAUUCCAAUGCAGUGUUAGUGUGAAAUGUUGCCCUGGUUUGUAUGUGCAACAAUGCUGAGACAAUGUUUGCUUUAACAACAUGGAGGUGAGUGUUGAGUUUUGUGACAGAGUUCUUUCUCUUGUCUGCUAUUAAUACACAACUGAUAUACCUGGUGUGUGUGGAACAGAUUAAAUAGUUUCCACAUCAAGCAAGAACUUUGGAUUAAAACUGUUUAUAGGUUCUAACUUGAAUUGUUGCUGUUUGGCUUAAAGGCAGUGACUUGAAUAGGUUACAGAGAAGGGGUUGACGUCAAAGUACUUCAAAUUGGAAAGCCUUUUUUACCUGGAUGUUUGCCCAGAGUCUCAUAGCACUUCAAAUGGGCAGUGAUUACAUAUUUAGUCAGUGUGGCUGUUUGUGCUAGUUUUGAUCUGCUGUUUUGUUGGUAGCUGCUUUUUGGCCGUGACACAGCAGCAUUUCUUGAGUUUCUUUGAGAAUGAUUGCAGAGUUAAGCUAUUUUACUGGGCUUAACAGUUUCAUAAACAAACAAGGGCCAGUUAAGAUGCUGUAAAAUCCUUCACCUGAAAAAACUUCAAGGUUGCAGUUGAGAGGAGGAGCUAACAUCUGAUAUUUGAUCUGGGUGAUCAUAACCUAAAAUAGCUAGUAAAGGGAAUGUGACACCGACAUAGUUUUUAUUUGCAUGGAAUUAAUACCAAAAUGAUAGCAACAGAAAAUUCUGAGCUAUCACCUAUAUUGACAGCAUAAGUAACCCCAAAUACAUGUGCCUUUGUUUAUGUCACAAAGAUUUCUUGUGAAAAUACAGUUCAUCUAAAAUCAGUGAGAUCAUAAGAAUGGCCAUUCUAACCAUUCUCCUAUUUAUUCUUGGUCCAGAUUGGAUUUUCUGGUAUUAAAGAAUCAUUUGCUGUCCCUUUUGUGUUGGUAUGUAUAUAGUUCAAGGCUGAUGUUGUUGCCUCUGAAUCCUGCUUUUUUCUACUAUUUUAUUGAAAAGUUUCUAAAAUAUGUAUAGUUGGUUGGUACUCUCAGCUGAAGCAGUGCCACCCUGUUUAUCUCAACCUGUGAACAGUGCUAUCUUCAGUAGUAGAUAUGCAUGGACCUGAUCUAGCCCUGACUGUUGGGGAAAGGGAUCCACCCAAUGGAAAAGCAUAUACAUGGAGAACUGGGAUGUACAACUCUUUCUGUUGUUACAUGGUAUUGAGUCAUCUCCAACUUAUAGCGACUCUAUGAAUUAAUGCCCAACAAAAUGUCUUGUCCUUGACAGCCCUGCUCAGCUCUUGUAAACUCAAGGCUACAGCUUCAAUACAUCACUUUCCUGAACACUACAUGCUUCAGCUGUUAUAAUAUAGGAUGCUAUAAAUCUCUUUAAUAAAAGCAUGCUGUGUGUGUGUGUGAGUCAGAAAAACAUGUAUAAAAACUAUAAAUGGAAAUAAUUUCCACAGGUUGCAAAAGCUUUAAGAGCAUAUUUUGUACAGUUUUCUCAAAUCAGAGGUAAAGGAUCCUAGCUUCUGAAGAUCCUGAACAUUUAGCAAAACCUUUCAUAAUAGCUCAUCAUUGAAUAUUGUUGAUGUCUUCUGUAAUUUAUUGUCUUGUUACUCUUGCAUUUUCAACUUAGAUGUUAUCUUUAUUGGCCUGCAUCAUUUGUUCUGUAUUAACCUAGUAAAUCAGUAUUUUAUAUAGGGCAUGAAAUGAAUUCAAAGCUUCACUUUCUUUUCUUAUAAAUUCAGAAUCUUGUUUGUUUUUUAAACACCUUAGAAUUAUUUGGAUACAUCCUGUUUUCAAUGUAUUUGUAAUGUAGAUCACCUUUUACCAAACUUUAAUUAUUCAAUGUUCAAAAUUACUUUAAAUGUACAUUUACCUUCUGCCAGCUCUUUCAUGUGGAACUACUGACUGAGCAAAAGCUUUGAAAAAUGUGGCAAUCCAUGUGUGGAAGCAAGCCAUUGCUUUACCACCUGGACCAAUCUAGAUACCCUCUAGAUGUAUUAGACUACAACUCUCAUCUGAUGCUGUGGGUGAUGGGAAUUCUAGUAUAACACAUCUUGAGAGUGCAUUUCCCUGUUGAGAGCAACCAGUUCUGAAUCUCCUACAAACACAGCUGUAUAAUCCUGUGUAGUGAAUAUUUGCUAUAUUCAAACUGGAUGUUUUUCAACGAUUGCUUAUAACAUCUUGUCUGUGUGCAUUUUCUAGGUGGUUGUAUGUAUUGAUAUUACUUUUCAAGAUUGUGAAUAAUUGCCAGACCUUAUAACUUUCAA